ACUAGGCCCUAUAAUGCCACAACCUACAUAGUAGAUCAACAGCUUCUAAUAAAUCCUUGACAACUUCCUCCUCUUCUAAUUCAAUUCAGGCUCUAGCUAUGAGCAAAAGCAAUAACAAUAUAAUGAGCUUUAAAGCUCUAACCUUAUGGUGCAUUUUGUUGUCUUUGUUGCAACUAUCACUAGGAGCUGUAAGGCACCGUAUUAGGUUUAACGUAGAGUACAUGUAUCGUGAGCCAGAUUGCCAUGAGCACGUUGUGAUGGGAAUCAAUGGCCAGUUUCCUGGCCCAACCAUCACAGCUGAAGCUGGAGACACCCUUGAGAUUUUACUCACCAAUAAGCUCUCCACAGAGGGAACAGUUAUUCACUGGCAUGGAAUUAGACAGUAUGGAACACCUUGGGCUGAUGGAACUGCUGCCAUUUCACAGUGUGCUAUUGCUCCCGGAGAAACUUUUAAUUACACAUUUACAGUUGACAGGCCGGGUACAUACUUCUAUCAUGGACACUUUGGUAUGCAAAGAGCAGCAGGACUGUAUGGUUCUCUGAUAGUGAAUUUGCCAAAGGGAAAAAAGGAGCCAUUCCAUUAUGAUGGUGAGUUCAACCUUUUGCUGAGUGAUUGGUGGCACAAAAGCACACAUUCUCAAGAGGUUGGUCUCUCCUCCAUGCCAUUCAGAUGGAUUAAUGAACCUCAGUCUUUGCUUAUUAAUGGGAGAGGACAAUACAAUUGUUCCUUGGCAGCUAGUCUUAUUAAGACCUCCUUGCCCCAAUGCAAGUUCAGAGGUAACGAACAAUGUGCACCUCAGAUUCUCCAUGUCGAUCCAAACAAGACCUACAGGAUCAGGAUUGCUAGUACCACUUCCUUGGCAUCUCUCAACUUGGCCAUUGGGGAUCACAAAUUGGUGGUGGUGGAAGCUGAUGGAAACUAUGUGAAACCAUUUAUCGUUGAUGACAUAGACAUAUAUUCUGGUGAAAGUUACUCGGUUCUCCUUACAACAAAUCAAGACCCAAAGAAAAACUAUUGGAUUUCAGUUGGUGUGAGAGGAAGACCACCCAACACCCCACAAGGUUUAACUAUCCUAAACUACAAAACAAUCUCUGCCUCAGUUUUUCCCACUUCUCCACCACCCAUCACACCUCAAUGGGAUGAUUAUAAUCGUAGCAAGGCAUUCACUUACAAAAUUCUUGCCCUAAAGGGAACGGAACAACCUCCACAACACUAUGAUCGUAGGCUUUUCCUUCUCAACACACAAAACCUUGUUGAUGGAUACACUAAAUGGGCCAUUAACAAUGUCUCACUAGCAUUGCCAACAACUCCUUACCUAGGCUCCAUUAGGUUUAAUGUGAAUGGUGCCUUUGACCCAAAAAGUCCACCUGACAAUUUCUCAAUGGAUUAUGACAUCUUGAAACCUCCCUUGAACCCUAAUGCAAAAAUUGGAAGUGGGGUUUACAUGUUUCAGUUUAACCAAGUUGUUGAUGUGAUACUCCAAAAUGCUAAUGUAAUGAAGGGCAAAAACAGUGAGAUUCACCCUUGGCAUUUGCACGGGCAUGACUUUUGGAUUUUAGGGUAUGGAGAUGGGAAAUUCAAACAAGGUGAUGAUUCCAAAUUCAACUUGAAGAACCCACCAUUGAGGAACACUGCAGUGAUAUUCCCUCAUGGUUGGACUGCUUUGAGGUUUAAGGCAGAUAAUCCUGGAGUUUGGGCCUUCCAUUGCCACAUUGAGCCUCAUUUGCACAUGGGAAUGGGUGUCAUUUUUGCUGAGGCUGUUCAAAACGUGACGAGUACUAUACCUAGGGAUGCUUUUGCAUGUGGCAUUCUCAAGAAGUUCCUGAAUAAGGAACACAACUGAAACUAGCAGCUAGCCACACAUGUGUUUGUCCUUAGUUUGUUUAGUUUAACUUUCUUUCGUGUCUUCUUCCCUUCAUUGUUUUGUUUGUGUAGUCUUGUUGUGCUUUUAUUGUGAGUUAGCAAGGCAUGCUGACUACCUCAUGUAAGGUAGUCAUGCCUUGUUCUACUAAAAAAAUUUAUGAGAAAUGUGUGAUCAGUUGAGUGUGUUUGGAUAAAUAUGCUAAUAAAUUUGCAGGCCAAUGCUAAGUUUCAUUUA